ACGUGCUUAUUUGCGUCAUCACGCAACGCGCUGACGCAACUCCGCUACGCGCGAAAUUUUGAGCUUAACGUUCGGUUCCAAACAAGGGACGGUUCCCGCUUCACACACACAGUGAUAACCGACUGGUUCGUUCAGAAUGGCGGAGUUGGGCUGCUACUCUCCCAGCUUUAAAAAACCGUCUGAAGUUCUGCGGAUGAGACGGAAGCGCGCGCGGAGCGAAGGCCCGGACCGGAGGACGGUGGACGGGCUUCGUCCGUUCUCUCCGGGGCCGCUGCUGAACGCACCGAGCCGAGCGAGCGGCGGCGGGAAGCGCAGAAAUCCGUUCGCCAACAUCGAGAACACGUACAGCCGUCCCAAGAAGAGAGCGUUAUCCCACAACGACGGAUACGACGGAGCUCUGGACGGUAGAAAGACGGCAGCUGCGGUUCUGGACGGGAAGCUCGGGGAAGAACGCGCGAACGCUGCAGCAUCAUUUAGAGAGGAGCUGUUCAACACUGAGCAACAGCACGAGAUAAAGACGCCUGUUUCUCUGUCUGAAGAUGCGGGUUUGUUUGAGGAGGGUCUGUUUGAGCCGGAGAGAUCCGCUGCAGUGCUGAAGGGUCCAGAGGCGGUCUGUGACGCGGCUCCAGCUGAAGUGUGUCUGGAGUUCCCUGCCGAUUGGUCUCUGAAAACGCGUCUGUUGUUCACGUCGUCUCAGUCGUUCUCGUGGGCCGAGCAUCUGAAGGCGCAGGAGGAGGCGCAGGGCUUGAGCUCGCACUGCAGGGCCGAGUUCUCCAGCUUACCUGCUCAUAUACAGGAGCCGCGGGGCUGUGUGGAGCUGCGCUGUGGCUUUCAUCAGUGUCUUCAGUACUGGCAGCACCCGUCGCUACCCUGGCUCUCGCUCUUCCCGCGGAUCGGCGCAGAGCGCAAGUUCUCUGGCAAGUGCGUGCCGUGGGCGCAGGACACAGCGCUGCAGCAGAGUCUGAUGAGCGACUGGUCUGUGAGUCUGACGUCUCUCUACAGGAUAGAGUUCUCUCUCCCUCUGCUGGAGGAGACGAGGAAGAGCAGCGCGCGCAGAGAGACUGAAGGCGAGGAGUCUGUAUCAAGUGAGCACAGUGAAAACGAGGAGGAGGAGGAGGAGGAUGAUGAAGAUGACGAUGGUGGAUUUUCCUGGCUGAAGGAGAUGGGCGUCCAAGACAAGAUCAAGAAACCAGAUGCCAUUUCUAUCAAACUGUAUCCUUUACAAUCUGCAUCAGCUGUGGAUGCAUGUUUGUGUUCAGGGAUAGAGUUCUCUCUCCCUCUGCUGGAGGAGACGAGGAAGAGCAGAGCGCGCAGAGAGACUGAAGGCGAGGAGUCUGUAUCAAGUGAGCACAGUGAAAACGAGGAGGAGGAGGAGGAGGAUGAAGAUGAUGACGAUGGUGGAUUUUCCUGGCUGAAGGAGAUGGGCGUCCAAGACAAGAUCAAGAAACCAGAUGCCAUUUCUAUCAAACUUCGUAAGGAGCACAGAGAGGUGCGUUUGGACCACAGACCAGAGUCAGUGGUGUUGGUGGAGGGUUCGAACACCUUCACGCUGCUCAACUUCCUCAUUAACUGUAAGAGUUUGGUGGCUGGAGCCGGUUCUCAGGCGGGGCUUCCUCCAACUCUACUGGCCCCUACAGCCUUCAGAGGGGCCACACUGCACACGCUCAAGGCCCGGGCUGUGAAUGUGAAGACUCGGGUGAGAAUGGGCUAUCAGGACGUGUGCAGUCUGGAGGUGACGGGACCCAUCAUGCCCCACACGCUCCACGCGCUGACGCAGCUCCUCAAACCCGCUCAGAAAGGAGAGUUUUCUGUGGGUCUCUACACCCACGAGCCCACGGCCGUCCUGAACGUGCCCCUCAGCCUGACCCCUGAACCUCAGCAGCUGGAGUCUGUGGUACGGGAUCUGGGCCGAUGUGGCCUCCAGCAGAGCUCCAUUCAGCAGCUGGUGACGCCGAGCAUGCUGGGAAAGAGUGCGCUCAGACAGCUGCACAUGAGAGACUAUUCGUACAGCUGGAAGUCCUGAGAUCCGGCUCUGGGAGAACAUUAAUAGAGAGCUGACAAGCCCCGUCUAUUCAUAUCUGUGGCUUCCUGUGACGCUUACUUACUCGCUUCUUCUUUAUGGAGACUGGGCUUGAAUAUAGUGUAGCUUUUAGGAGUUUGGACGGUCUAACUUGUUGUUUUAAAUCAGUUAUAUUUUUAUGGGCUGCAAUAAUGUUUUAGACUGCAUGUGUGAUAUACAGUUUAAUUUUUAAUCAGUGUCUCUGGGAAGUAACAUGUAAAACUGUGUUAAAAGCUCUCAUGAUUAUAUUUUUGCCAGUGUAUUUAUCACACUUGUAUGAAUUUAUUAAAUGAAUAAGUUGAAAUAUUUUCUGCUAUGCGUUUCUCUUAAUCUUGUCAAGGAUGAGUGCAAAAAAAGCACAGAACAAACUUGUGUGAAACGAGCAUUUCAAUGUGUGUGGCGGGGAAAUAAUUUGAGGUAAAUAGUUUGGUAAUGAUUACGGCUGAACUACAUUUCAUGUUAAUUA